AUGGCACCUCCUGUGACCGCAACGUGCGCCCUCCAGGAGGAGCAGCAGCAGCAGCAGCAACAGCAGUCACAGCAGUUGCUGCAGGAAGAGCCCCUGCCGCUGUCGAGUGGGGCGUCGCUGCGCCGCAGACAGAGGCUGCCACCAGCCGACGCUGCAGCAGCUGCAGCAGCUCCAGCUUCAUCAGCAUCACUAGGGACCAGCUGCAACAGCAACAGCAGCACUCCUGCGGGUCUAAGGGGCUGGUCGCAGCAGCUUCGCCAGGAGGAGCAGCAGCAGCAGCAGCGGCAGGAUGGGCAGCUUCUGCUGCCCUACUUAACCGUGGCAGCAGCAGACACGGCGCAGCAGAGCAGAGCCUUUGGGCUGCCGUUGCCUUCGCUCAGCACGAAAGCAGCAGAUGCAGCAGCAGCAGCAGCAGAGAGUGCGCAGCAGUGCAUGCAUGAGACUUUCGGUUCAGGUUUGCUGCCGCAGGGAGCAGCUUCAUUCGGGGGCCCUGCAACGCUGCAGCUGCAGCGGCUCCUGCGGCAGCUGCUGGCUGCUGCUGCUCCCCUGCGGCUGCUGUCGCUGCUGCUGCCGGGCCAAAUCGUCAAAGCGGUGCAGUUGGCGCUGCAGAUGCUGCUGCGCAGGCCAACGCAGCAGCAGCAGCAGCAGCAGCAGCAGCUGCGCUGCAGCCAAGGCGCACUCACGCUGGCGCUGGGGCCUGCAGGCGCACUGCAGCAGCAGCAGCUGCGGCCCCAGGUGGGGCUGCUGCCGCCGCAGCAGCACCGAAGGCUGCAUGGGAUGGCGCAGCAGUCAACGCUGCUUGUUGCAGAUGCAUGCAGCAGCGAAAGGAGCCGCCAGGUGGACAAAGGGGGAUGUGUUGCUCUCACUGCUGCUCCCGUUGCUGCUGCUGCAGCUCCUGUUGAGACCUGGCAGCAGCAGCAGCAGUCGCAGCAGGAGCAGCUGCUGCUCGGCAGCGUGCCGCAUGACCGUCUGAUUGUGCGCGGCGGCGAGGCCGAUUCGCUAGCGGAUCUGCUGCUAGACCCACAGCAGCAACACAGCAGCAGCAGCAGCAGCAGCACGAGCCGCAGCGUCUGCUGCGCACUGUUCGUCUACGGGGACGCCUACACAACCGGGGAGGUGAACCCCACACCUCGUUUGCUGCUGUCGUACUCGGACGGCCUGCUGCAGCUGCUGCAGCGGCGCCCGCCGACUGCUGCCGCUGCAGCAGCAGCAGCCUUUUGGGGCAGCAGCAGCAGCAACGGAAGCAGAAGCAGCAGCAAGGGCUGGGACGGCUCUAUUCCUGAAGGCGGCGAGUGGGUCGAAGCUUGGCGUGACUGGUUUGACCCUCCACUAGAGAACCUCUUUUUGCUGCCACCCCUCAGCAGCAGCAGCAGCAGCAGCAGCAGCAGCUGGGGUGUGUACGGACCACUGGUCUGCGGCAACAGCCCAUCUGGCGUGACUGUCUUUUGCCCGCUGAGCCCGCGGUGUAUAUACACCCCGCCGUCUUGCUGCUGCUUCUCCAGCUUCACUCUUUUCGGCUGCUGGGCCCAUUUUCUGGGGCAUCGUCAGGUUGCUGCUGCUGCUCAGCAGCAGCAGCUGCGUGGCUGUGGUAAGCAGGAGAGGCUUGCUGGUGCUGCAGCAGCUGCUGUUCCGUUCUGA